CGCCGCCGCCGCCGCCGCCGCAGUACCACCAACCAGCGCCUUUGCAGACGGUUUUGGGUGGGUGGGGUCCCUCUUCCGGCGAGGAGAACAAGUCUAUUUGGGUCGGAGAUCUCCAUUAUUGGAUGGAUGAGAACUACCUCCAUAGCUGCUUUGGCCAUACCGGCGAGGUGGUUGCUAUUAAAGUUAUCCGAAAUAAGCAAACUGGGCAAUCAGAGGGAUAUGGUUUUGUAGAAUUUUGUACCCAUGCUGCAGCUGAAAAGGUGUUGCAGACAUUCAAUGGCCAUUUAAUGCCAAAUGCAGAACACCCUUUUCGAUUAAAUUGGGCAUCAUUUAGCAUGGGCGACAGGCGUUCAGAUGCUACCUCUGAUUAUUCAAUAUUUGUAGGUGAUUUAACUGCUGAUGUUACAGAUACCAUGUUGCAAGAAACUUUUGCUACCAGAUAUACAUCCGUAAAAGGUGCUAAAGUUGUUAUUGAUGCAAACACUGGCCGCUCUAAAGGCUAUGGAUUUGUGAGAUUUGGAGAUGAUAAUGAAAAAACACUUGCCAUGACUGAAAUGAAUGGUGUAUAUUGCUCCAGCAGACCAAUGCGCAUUGGUGCUGCUACGCCUAGAAAAUCAAGUGCUUUUGGUUCCAAUGGUUCAUCUCUGCAAGGAUAUCCCCCAGACGGAGAUUCAACAAACACAACGGUAUUUGUUGGUGGGCUUGACCCAGCUGUUACUGAAGACGACUUGAAGCAGACAUUUUCUCAGUUCGGAGAUAUUGCCUCUGUGAAAAUUCCAGUUGGGAAACACUGUGGUUUUGUGCAAUUUGUCUAUAGGAGUAAUGCAGAGGAAGCAUUGCAGUCUUUGAACGGAACAAUUAUUGGAAAACAGGCAGUACGCUUAUCCUGGGGUCGCAACCCUGUAAAUCGGCAGUUGCGAGCCGAUCUGAGCAGCCCAUGGAAUGGUUUAUAUUAUGGACCUCAAAUGUACGGCGGAUAUGGGUUCGCCAUUCCACCUCAUGAUCCGAUGACGUACGCCGCGGCUUAUGGAGGCUAUCCUAUGUAUGGAAAUCAACAACAAGUGAGCUGAAGGAUUCCACAACAAUUGAUGCGAAACCAAGCUCUACUUAGGAGGAAUCCACAAGAAGCAAGCAUUAACAUGGGAGAAUUUCUCUCAAUCGGCUGAGUAGAAUUUAGUGAUUGAUUUAGUAGUUGGCUAUGGAUAACACAGAUCUAUCAUUCAAAAUUUUGAACUAUAAAACUUGGGGGGAUGUUUAGUACUGCAGUACUUAGUUAAAUUUUUGCCCUGCUAUUGAUAAUAAGGCUAUUAUCUGUUUUAGUAAAU